GAUCUUUUUAAGAUGUUAAGCAGAUUGUAAUUAGAUUGUGAUCUCAGAAACGUACAAUGCUAUGCGAACUUGCUCACUUUUUACUCAAAUGGUUAUUUUCCCACAUAUGUCAAUAUUUUCAAUAUCAAGAACAAGUCGUUAAGUGCAUAUUCCUGAAACAACGUUUACUUAAUGUGGCAUGAAUAUGUAGCCACGCUAGCCCUAUUUGCAUUGUAAAUACUCAUGUUGGACUCAAUCGCCCUCUCAUAGGCUAUGCUAUGGAUGUUCUAACAGCUGGGUUGUCUUUAAAAUAACUUUUUGAUUUGUGGACUUUUAGCAACAAACAUGUAUGUUGUAAAGACGCACAACAUAUUCCCAAACAUGUCCUUUUACCCAAUGAGAAAACCAAGUUCAUUCACAAAUUCACUGUCAGCUGUGGCUUAUUGUCUCAGGCGUCCAAUGGGUGAGGAGAUAGUUAAGACUCCUGCCUCCAACUCAAAUUGAUUAGGAAAACCUGGGUGGGACAGGCCUAGAGUUGAGCGUUGGAAGCUGUUUUGUGAGGUGGGUGUUGGUGAGCUGCCCCAUUCUAAUUGAUGGCCAUCACACACUUGUAUCUACAACGAUUGUGUACAUUUCUUUACAGGCUGAGGUGCACUAAGUGAGGAGGACAUUAGGACUUUUAGAGUCUGUGGCAACUAUUUAGUCCUAAGUUUAGUGCUUUUUUGCAAGGACAUAGGUUACUGGGAUGGAACUAUUUAUGUAAUUUUAUUGAUUAUCAAGCUGUAUGUUUUAUUGCCUGAAGUGUGAAGAGAUUUGUCCAGCAAGAUGACGGAUCGAUCCCAGAGCCCGGCAGGCGCGGAGUGCAACAGUCGAACCUACGAGCUGAACAGGGCCAUGUACCAUCAAGUCCCGGGCCUGGAUGGACUUGGUGGUGCGUCUUUACAGUUCGCGCACGGUAUGCUUCAGGACCCAAGCAUGCUUUUCAACAAAUCCCAUUUCAAUGGAAUCAGCCCAGCGCCACCACAAAGUUUCUUACCUUUUUAUGGGGUUGGGGGCGAUUUUAAGGCGAGUGAUUUGCAAGGUAGCGAUUUUACGCAGCCUAAACACUGGUACCCGUUUGCAGCACCCGAGUUCACCGGCCAGGUCGCUGGGGUCACCACAGCCACCCAGCCUGAAAACAUUAGCCCACCUAUCGCUGAAACCAGGGAACAGAUCAAGAUGCACGCUCAGGUAAAAACCGAGAAGGAUGUUGAGGGCUACGCCAAUGAAGAAGACAAGCCCCAAUCACAAUAUCAUCAUUCCGCGGGCGCAUCGUCUGUGGCCUCUGGGGUGUAUUACUCCACACCCUGGAACCCGAACUUUUGGCACGGUCUGCCUCAUAUUACGCCCCCCGCUAAUAUUUCUCAAGCUCCCCUGACUCCAUCUGCAUCAUCAUCUUCUCUGUCUCCAUCUCCGCCUGGGAAUGGCUUUAGUAGCCCGGGAUUUUUCAGCGGAGAGUCUGCGCAAAACAUCCCCGCGGGUCAGGCUCAAACCACCGCUAGGAGCAGCGGCUCCUCCAGUGGAGGGUGCAGUGAUUCUGAGGAGGAGGAGACCCUGACCACAGAAGACUUGGAGCAGUUUGCUAAAGAGUUGAAACACAAGCGCAUCACUUUGGGCUUCACACAGGCAGACGUGGGACUCGCUUUGGGAAACCUGUAUGGAAAAAUGUUCAGUCAGACUACUAUCUGCCGCUUUGAGGCCCUCCAACUGAGUUUCAAGAAUAUGUGCAAACUGAAGCCACUGCUGCAGAGAUGGCUGAACGAGGCAGAGAAUUCUGAAAAUCCCCAGGAUAUGUACAAGAUUGAGCGGGUUUUUGUUGACACAAGGAAAAGAAAGAGGAGAACCAGUUUGGAAGGCACUGUUCGUUCUGCUCUGGAGUCAUACUUUGUGAAGUGCCCGAAGCCAAACACUUUGGAGAUAACGCACAUAUCUGACGACCUAGGCCUAGAGAGAGAUGUGGUACGUGUUUGGUUCUGCAAUCGUAGACAAAAGGGGAAGCGCCUAGCAUUGCCAUUUGAUGACGAAUGUGUCGAAAAUCCGUAUUAUGAGCAGAGCCCACCACCUCCGCACCACAUAGGUAGCACAGGCCUCCCAGGGCAAGGCUAUCCUGGACCAGCCCAUCCUGGAUCAGCCCCAGCCCUAUACAUGCCACCCCUCCACCGAUCAGAGGUCUUUAAAAAUGCCCUGCACUCUGGACUGGUGGGUCACCUCACCAGCUAAUCUGACCAGCUACCACUAUCUGCUUCCCUGCCAGUCCAACAGCUUUGCUGAAAACCUGUGGCACAAAUUCAUUGAGAGUAAAGAUAACUUUCAGGUGACUGAAGUUGAAUUUUUUUUUUUAUAGAAGUGCUCCGAGCCAAGUUAUGGAUCAAACCAUUCAUAUGAUUUUCUUUUUAUGUAAU